UUUUGGAGAAAAUUUGUUUGUAUAAAUUGUACCGUAUAUAAUAAUAUAACAAUUAGAGGAUAUCUUCAUAUCUGGUUCACCUCUUCAUCAAGAUGGUUCUGUUUCAGUAUGUCUUGGCUAUUUUCAGUGCUGGUUUAGUUUCUGGACAAUACGCCCCGAUUCAUUUCUGGCCUUUGGAUAAUGUAACCUAUGGGUUUGAUAUGGUCCCAUUUAUACCGUUGAUGUGGGAAAUAGCUCAAUAUGACGUAUGUUUUGAGUUCGGUGAUGGACACCCUAGCACAACCAAUGAAGCUACGAAAUUUGGGGGUGCAGAUACAUCCUAUUUGGAUUUCAGAAUGUUCCAACGAUAUUUUCAAACGACGUUUACGUUCGCCUUCUUAGUAUUUGUCGAGGAGUUCUCGUCUGGUACAAUUCUUCACCUUACCGGAGAUUGUGCAUUGAAAGCCGUCUGCAACAUGAGCCUAGUGCUGGUAGACGACAAACUUCAGUUCACUAUAUGGGAUUCCUCAAUUGGCCUUUGCGCAAGCCUUCAAAGCAGCCACGUUUUUUCAACAGCGACCUGGAAUUACGUCGCUAUAAAAAGAUCCACAACGGAAACGACCUUAAUUUUAAACAACCUAUCCGAAUCAGUCCCUGAUAGUUGUUCCAGACCGGCUAGUGACUUUGGUCAAUCGAUUCUCCGUCUGGGAGGCAGCAUUGAUAAUGUUGACGACAGGUUUCGAGGUAGAAUGCAAUGUGUGGCAUUUUUAGAGAGUUAUGCUGAUUUCGCAACAGAAAUGUCUGACUUACUGAUCGAAUGUAACAAAGCACGAAUUCCCCAGUCAGAUUCGUUCAUGUGUAAUAUUGACGACCAUCUACCAUCUAAGUCCAGGAUGUUUGGACUGAAAGGCGCCGACAAACGACCAUCAGUCAACGCUCCACCACUACUAAUCCUCACAUCAACCACGUUCGUGUCAUGCGCGACCGAGUGUUUCCGUUCUGAAACUUGCAAGGCAAUCAUUAUUAAUACGUCAGUCACCAACAAUAAUUGUGAACUUUAUGAUUUUGUAGAAACUCAUGCCUUAAUUCCAUCCCCGGGAGCUCAGUAUUUCGCGAUAACCAAUAUUUUAUAA